GGAGCAUUGGGACGCUGUCCAUCAUUUAUUGUCGACUCCCACCGUCUCUUUCGAUAUGCUUGCACUCGCAUUUGCCAGGAGCACCAGGACAGUAACAAGAUCUGCGUUAGCUAGAGUUGCAGGGUUCCAUUCAAGUAUUGCCGUCAACAUGCCUAUUAAGGAAGGUGAUUCACUACCAUCUGUCAGUUUGUGGGAGAACAGCCCAGGAGAAACAGUGAAUAUUGCAGACUUGUUCAAGGACAAGAAAGGCAUCAUAUUUGGAGUACCUGGAGCCUUCACCCCAGGGUGCAGCAAAACACAUUUGCCAGGAUAUGUUGAUGAUUUCGAUAAACUAAAGGCAAAAGGUGUUGCUGUGGUUGCAUGUGUUUCAGUAAAUGACCCAUUUGUAAUGGCUGCCUGGGGAGACCAUCACAAGGCAACUGGAAAGAUCAGAAUGCUUGCUGAUAUGAAAGGAGAAUUCGCAAAGGCAAUUGAUCUAGAACUGGAUGCCACACCCUUGCUUGGAAAUGUAAGAUGUAAAAGAUUCGCCAUGAUUGUUGAAAAUGGUGUGGUCAAGAAUGUUCAGGUGGAGCCAGAUGGCACAGGACUGACAUGCAGCUUGUCAAACAGUCUUUUGGCAAACCUUUAACUGUAAAUAUAUAAACAAAUGAUUGUAUGGGUGUGAAAGAUAAAUUUAUCCUGUCUUAUUUUACAGUAGUUUGAUACUUUAUAAACAUGACAAGAAAAAUCAAAAUCAAAA